UGGGAGCGGGGGCUUCGGGCCCACCUUUCUCUUCGUGACAGGAUUUUACCGUGAAGUCUGUCCGGGAAAUAGGGGGAAAACGGAGUUGCGGGAGGCUGUCGGCUAAUAACAACGGGACCUUGAACCUGUCUCAUCACCUUUCUGCUUCUUCCUGGUUCUUGAGAAGAAGUAUCUGCCUGAUAUCAAUAUUUCAGAAAAGAGAUGCAAGAGUAUAUUUACAAUUUUGAGUCAAGCCUAUAGGCAAGUGGACUGACAGACUGAUUAAACCACAGAAGGUGACCUGUUGAGAAAAGUGAUAAAAGUAUUGGGAAGAACUUGCUCUUCUGGAUAAGAGGGUGACAAUGUCACGAGUUAAAACUUCUUAUUCCUAUGAUGCCCCCACGGACUUCAUCAAUUUUACAUCUUUGGAUGAUGAGGAAGAUACUCAAAACAUAGACUCAUGGUUUGAGGAGAAGGCCAAUUUGGAAAAUAAGUUUCCUGGGAAGAAUGGGACAGGAGGGCUUUUUCAGGGCAAAACUCCUUUGAGAAAAGCUGAUCUUCAGCAAGCUAUUGUUACACCUUUGAGACCAGUUGACAAUACUUAUUACAAAGACGCAGACAAAGAAAAUCUUUUGGAACAAUCCAUUUCAUCAAAUGCUUGUUCUUCCCUGGAAGUCAAGGGAACCAUAUCAAGAAAUACUCCAGCCCAGCCUCAGAGAAGAUCUGUUAGACUCUCUGCUCAGAAGGAUUUGGAACAGAAAGAAAAACAUGUAAAAAUGAAAGCCAAGAGGUGUGCCACUCCUGUAAUCACCAGUGAAAUUCCACCCUCCAAAAAAAUGAAAGUUUCUAACAAUGAAAAGAAGCCAAAGGAAGAGGAAGAAAGCAGUGCUCAUCAAGAUACUUCCGAAAAGAAUGAAUGUUUCCCAGAGAAAGCCAAGGGCAGACAUACUGUUUCUUGUAUACCACCUGUAAGGCAGAAGGUUCUAAAAAGUACUGAGGAACAAGAGUUGGAGAAGAGAAUGAAAAUGCAGCAGGAGGUGGUGGAGAUGCGGAAAAAGAAUGAAGAAUUCAAGAAACUUGCUCUUGCAGGAGCAGGGCAACCUGUGAAGAAAACAGUGAGCCAGGUAACCAAAUCAGUGGACUUCCACUUCCGCACAGAUGAGCGAAUCAAACAACAUCCUAAGAACCAGGAGGAGUAUAAGGAAGUGAACUUUACGUCUGAACUACGAAAGCAUCCUCCGUCUCCUGCCCGAGUGACUAAAGGAUGUACCAUUAUUAAGCCUUUCAACCUAUCCCAAGGAAAGAAAAGAACAUUUGAUGAAACAGCUUCUACGUAUGUGCCCCUUGCAGAGCAGAUCGAAGCCUUCCAUAAACGAACACCUAACAGAUAUCAUUUGCGGAGCAAGAAGGAUGAUACUAGCCUGUUACCCUCCAAAUCUUCUGUGACCAAGAUCUGCAGAGACCCACAGACUCCUGUACUGCAAACCAAACAGCGCUCAAGGCCUGUGACCUGCAAAAGUGCAGUAGAUCAGGAGGCUGAGGAGCUUGAGAAACUACAGCAAUACAAAUUCAAAGCACGAGAACUUGAUCCCAGAAUUCUUGAAGGUGGGCCCAUCUUGCCCAAGAAACCGCCUGUGAAACCACCCACUCAGCCUAUUGGUUUUGAUUUGGAAAUUGAGAAAAGAAUCCAUGAGAGAGAGUCAAAGAAGAAAUCAGAGGAUGAACACUUUGAAUUUCAUUCCAGACCUUGCCCUACUAAGAUCCUAGAAGAUGUUGUGGGUGUUCCUGAAAAGAAGGUACUUCCAAUCACAGUUCCCAGGUCACCAGCUUUUGCAUUGAAGAACAGAAUCCGAAUGCCCACCAAAGAAGAUGAGGAAGAGGAUGAACCGGUGGUGAUAAGAGCUCAACCUGUGCCACAUUUUGGGGUGCCUUUUAAGCCCCAAAUCCCAGAGGCAAGAACUGUGGAAAUAUGCCCUUUUUCCUUUGAUUCUCGGGACAAAGAACGUCAGUUACAAAAAGAGAAGAAAAUAAAAGAACUGCAGAAAGGGGAGGUGCCCAAGUUCAAGGCACUUCCCUUGCCUCAUUUUGACACCAUUAAUCUGCCAGAGAAAAAGGUAAAGAAUGUGACCCAGAUUGAGCCUUUCUGCUUGGAAACUGACAAAAGAGGAGCUCUGAAGGCACAGACUUGGAAGUACCAGCUGGAAGAAGAACUGAAACAGCAGAAAGAAGCAGCUUGCUUCAAGGCUCGCCCAAAUACCAUCAGUUCCCAGGAGCCCUUUGUUCCCAAGAAAGAGAAAAAAUCAGUUGCUGAGGGCCUUUCUGGUUCUCUAGUCCAGGAACCUUUUCAGCUAGCCACUGAGAAGAGAGCCAAAGAGCGGCAGGAGCUGGAAAAGAGAAUGGCUGAGGUAGAAGCCCAGAAAGUCCAGCAGUUGGAGGAGGCCAGGCAACAGGAGGAAGAGCAGAAGAAGGAGGAGCUGGCCAGGCUACGGAAAGAACUGGUGCACAAGGCAAAUCCAAUACGCAGGUACCAGGGUGUGGAGGUAAAGUCAAGUGACCAGCCUUUGACUGUGCCUGUAUCUCCCAAAUUCUCCACUCGAUUCCACUGCUAAAUUUGGCUGUGAGCUGCAGACACAGCAGACACCGGAGCUGCUAUUUACAUCAAACCUAGAGCCUUCUUCAUUUGUUACCGGGUGUGAAGAGAACCAAUUUCUCCUACCUACUCAUGCCUGACAGAGCAUACCUGACAGCUGUGGACUCCAAUUUUGUUGAGAAUUGUUUUCUUACAUUAUUUAGGCUAAUAAUGAGACUCAACUAUGCAUGUCUCAAUCAGAUUUUAUGUAGUUAUGUCCUUUAAACCAUCAGUUGUACUUUAAUAUGGGUCUUAACUCUGACUAGGAUUUAAAGUCUCUGUGUCAGCACAGUGUAGUCUCUAUUAUUACCCCUUACCCCCUCCCUUUCUUUUUCUAUUUUAAUCAGAAAAUAAAGAUAGCUAAAUCCCGAUAUAGGGUUUAAGUCAUGGUUUAAGUGAGGAAUAAUUGAUAUAUUGGAUUCUUUCCUCACCUCUGCACAGAGUGAAUUUAUAGUUAAGGAGCCCUUUGCUUUGAGUGUAGAAAACCUCAUUAACUGCACCAGUGAGGAAAAAGACUGCACGGACUCAUGGGGAACCUUACCACAGCCAUUUGGCAAGCUUUGGGCAGAGCUGCUCAUGAUGGGAUGGUGCAGCGUGUAUUAAGACCCAGCCUGGAAUAAAUACGUUUUGUCU